AUGCCCGAGUGUCCCGAAUCAUUCACAUUUACUAUCCCAAUUAUACGUUAUACCAUGGAGUCCGAAGACUCUAACGGGGCUGAACGCCAGCAGCCAGUGAAGAAAAUGUCUCUACUAUCGCCUGUGAAGAUAGAAACGCCAGAUUCCGGCAGACGAGCCUCUGAGCCAACAAGAUACUACAUUCCACCUCAGUGUAUAAACAGACUGUCGCCAAGGACUGCAAGAAAACGAGAUAGAAGAAAUUCCAAGGCAGAUGUGAAGGAUGAAGUGAAGGAAACCUUCGGACCAAAGCCGUGUAAUUGUGAGGACUGUAGAUCGUCCAGCCCAUUGCCCCCCGGCUAUGGUCCACCAACAAUGUCCCCAGGAUAUGAUCAAAUGAAGAGUGCUCUACUGGAUGUGCCAUGGAACGAUGACUUUACUGAAGCUUCUAGUGAUGAUCUGAGCUCAGAAUGGGACUCGGACGUCCCCGAACCACCACCAGUACAACCAAAGGUAACUAAAAUAUAA